GCGCAAGCACCCAAUCCCACUAUUGCCAAGAGCUUCCACGAACCAAGCUGCUUUCCCUUUGAAUCGUCAGUCAGCGUUGCAUUCCGUUCCGUUCCGCUCCGCUCCCAUCCCCCGUCACCAUGGCGAUCGCAACCACUACUAACAGCAGCAGCAGCAGCAGCAUUGGCAGGCACGGCCGGGAGGCCCCCCUGAUCCCCACCUCCGGCCGGGAGCUCCUGCUGGACCUGAAGCGGAGCACCGCGCAGAACGCAAGCGCGAUGCGCAGCGGGGCCGCCCCGACCCUCCCCGCCUACAACCACAAGCUGGUCCAGGCCUGCCUCCGGGACCUGCACGCGACGGCCCGGGAGCUCGACCUGCAGGCCCGGGUCCACGGCAGCCAGGCCGGCGACGGAACCGAAACCGAAAACGGAAGCGGCAAGCCCCGGAAGCCCUCCAUGCCGGCCCGGCCGUCCAUCCUGCUGCACCACCGGACGAUCCAGCGGCAGAAGCAGUGCCUCCUGGCCUACCACCACCACCGCACCGAGAUCCUCAAGGCCAUCGAGCGCUCCCGGAUGGCGGCCAACGAGGAGGCCCCGGUGGGAGGGCCCGGGGCCUCUUCCCACGCGGGGGAGGCCGCCUUUGCCCGCGACUACGCGGCCCUGCGGAGGGCCUACUCCGACCGGGUCUUCGAGCUGGACGCCCUGCCGCCCACMAGCCACAUGGUGCAGGUCCGYGUCGUCGCUCCAAGCAGCGGGAGGACCGGAAGCGGGGACGGAGACCUGGUCGUCCUCCCCGACAGCGGAAGGGUCGUGUCCCUCGCAAAGGGGGCCCGCCUCUUUCUGGACCGCUCCGACGCGAGGGACUUUUUGCGGCAGGGGAUCGUCGAGCUGUGCGACGGAGAAGAGGUGGACUUUUGAGAGGGUGGAAGGCAGAACCUAACCUUCGAUGGAAUCGAAUCGAAUCGAAUCGAAUCGAAUCGAAUUUAAUCGAACCACCGCAUGAGCAGCAACGAGAGCAAGAACAAGGGGGCAACGGAAACGAAACGAAUCGAAUCGAAUUGAACUGAAUCGAUUCGAAUCGAGAACAAACAGAGCAUGCAACAGCGAUCAAACACAGCGCGACACGAAACACCAAGCUUUGCGGUUGGUAGAACGUGCACAAAUCGAUUCAUAAAGAUAUAAUAUACUCUAGCGAUUAUU